AUGGAUAUUGAUGUGAGAAUACUGACGGAUAAAACGAUCAAAUUAACAGUGUCCUCAGAAUCUUCCGUUAAAGAAAUAAAAGCAAUAAUUCAAGAAAGAGCAGGAAUUCCGGUGAAUCAUCAAAUACUAACUUUUGAUAGCAAAUGCAUGAAAGACAGAGAUUUACUCCGUCGUUAUAGUGUUAAAUGCAGCAGUACACUACAACAUUUUCUGGGCUUACAUGGAAGUAUGCAAAUCUCUGUCAGAACUUUCAUUGGGAAAAUAAUGACACUGGCUGUGGAACCGAGCGACAGCAUCGAAGAUGUGAAAGCCACAAUUCAAGUGAUAGCAGGAAUUCCACUCGAUAAGCAGUCAAUGAGUUUUGCUGGCAAACCAUUGGAAGAUGGACGAAUACCUAACGAUUAUAAUACUCAAAAAGAAAACACAUUAGAUGUUGAACAUUAA